AUGUCCAUGCCUAGUGCUUGUCUACUUCCUCAGAGUACCAGGUGCGCCAGAUUCCCACGGGAUUCCAGAAUUGCUGUGCCCUCGGGGGCACCUUCGGCUAUAACCAGCUUGUCGUGGCCGGCAGCAGGUACUCACAUCGCCGUCUCGAACACGGAUACUUUGUCGUUGAUCGACAAUGAAAUUGUCCCAGCAAAUGGUCCGAUCACAACCCGCACAUAUUCUCAAAUUUCACUUGAACAUCCUGCGCAAACCGCAGCAACGCGGCUGUCGCAGGCUCCAGCCGCCAUCUCUACAGAUACGCCUCCCAGUCCCAUCGCAACCACACCGACAACAGAUAGUCUCAGUGCUUUUAACACCUCAUACCUUCCUCGUGUACAACAUGAACAUGUCCCCCUGUCUUCGCAGACGAGCACCCCAACUCCGAGUCUCAGCUCCAGCCAAGUCGUACAACCAUCGUCGACGGAGCACUCCGAGCACUUUCUUGGUGCAGCCAGCCUCAUCACAUCAGCGCCCCAAACGUCUUUAGCAGUCAGUGCUGCAUCGACAGCCAUACCUACCACGACGGAUGUGACUUCUAACAACCACACCACUCCAUCGGACCCCGUAGACUUCACCCACGGCUCUAGCUCCAACACCCCCUUACGUACCAUCUUGGGCAGUGUGCUAGGUGGACUCGCCUUUGUUGCGCUCGCUCUAGUCUUAGGUUAUUACUUCAUGAGCUCGAAGCGACGCACUGGUCGAGGCUCUCCGAGUCCCAGCACCAGUGAAGAAGGCUUUACGGUGGAAAAGAUUCCUGCUGUGGCACUCCCAGAUGGUGCUUCUCGUCCAGGGUACCAAUUGCAUCGGUCCUUCCUUUCCGACUCCUCCUCGGUCCGCUCACUCCCCAUUCACGUGGCCAGAGUCCCCGUCUCCAAACCCGAAUACACCUACUACGACCCCCGCUCUUCCGCCAUCCCCCGCGCUGCAAACGCCAAUCCAUUCGUCGAGCCCCUCGAACUCACCUACAAGUCCACGUCAUCCCGUGGGACAACCGUUCAAAGCGACCGGGUGAUGCGCAACCCCUUCGCCGACUCCUAUCCCAGCCCGGGCAUCGCAUCCCCCGCCACCUCCACCUCUACCCACCUGCGCCAAUCGCAAAUGUCCCAGCAGCAACGCCCCGUGUCCAUUGCCUGGGGCGGCUCCAUCUACAGCGGCGGCGACGUCAGCCUGGGCAGCACGCUGAUCCUCCCCAAUGGCCGCAGCAGUGCCGGAAGCAGUCUCCUCAACCGACUUAGCUACCCGUUCACCGUCAACGAGCUCUCGGACGCCGGGGGUGGCGAGGGGUGUUAUGAUCCGGGCGCGCGGGUCAGCACGCGCAGCGACCCAUUCGAUCUGGAAUAUCCGGUCAAGGCGGCGGUCAUGCAUCGCCACAGUUCGACGACCAUCCCUCUCGCGCCGGUGUAG